UCGGACUUUAGAGCCAUUCGAAGUGAUCCCAGCAUAGCGGCACAAACCCAGCCGGGAUGUCCUGAUAUCUGUCCUGCAAUUUACAGCCCUGUCUGUGUAGAAGCCUUGAUAAAUGGAAAAUUGGUUCGAUGCUUAUUCAGCAAUAGCUGCCAACUAGGUGUCAGCACCUGUCGUCAUGGAAUAAAUUGGUGCAAACAAAAUGAAGAAAAAUGUAAAAGAAGUUCUCCCACUUGCAGUCAAUACCGCUAAACUAAAUAUAAAUUUCGAAAGUACACAAAAAUAUGUUUUGUGGACCAAAUGAUGACGUUAAUUUACUAACUGAAUUGACGCCUUUCGCAGAAUAAAAUAUGUUUCGGGGUAUUUGUGACUCUACACUGAAA